AUGUCUGCUGAGCAACCCCAGAAGGUCUUGGGCAUGCCGCCCUUCUUGGCCGACUUCUUGAUGGGUGGUGUUUCCGCCGCCGUCUCGAAGACCGCUGCCGCUCCCAUUGAGCGUGUCAAGCUCCUCAUUCAGAACCAGGAUGAGAUGCUCAAGACCGGUCGUCUCGACCGCAAGUACGCCGGUAUUGGUGACUGCUUCAAGCGCACCAUGGCCGAUGAGGGUGUCAUGGCCCUCUGGCGAGGAAACACCGCCAACGUCAUCCGAUACUUCCCUACCCAGGCUCUGAACUUUGCUUUCCGUGACAAGUUCAAGAAGAUGUUCGGUUACAAGAAGGAUAAGGAUGGCUACGCCCUCUGGAUGGCUGGUAACCUUGCCUCCGGUGGUGCCGCUGGUGCCACUUCCCUCCUCUUUGUCUACUCUCUGGACUACGCCCGUACCCGUCUUGCCAACGAUGCCAAGAACGCUAAGAAGGGUGGUGACCGUCAGUUCAACGGUCUCGUCGAUGUCUACAAGAAGACACUCGCCUCUGAUGGUAUUGCCGGUCUCUACCGUGGUUUCAUGCCUUCCGUUGCUGGUAUCGUUGUCUACCGUGGUCUCUACUUCGGAAUGUACGACUCUAUCAAGCCCGUCGUCCUUGUCGGUAACCUGUCCAACAACUUCCUUGCCUCUUUCGCUCUCGGCUGGAUCGUCACCACUGGUGCCGGUAUCGCCUCUUACCCUCUUGACACCAUUCGACGACGCAUGAUGAUGACCUCUGGUGAGGCCGUCAAGUACAAGAACACCAUGGAUGCUGCCCGCCAGAUCGUCGCCAAGGAGGGUGUCAAGUCUCUCUUCAAGGGUGCUGGUGCCAACAUUCUCCGUGGUGUUGCCGGUGCUGGUGUCCUCUCCAUCUACGAUCAGCUCCAGGUCCUCCUCUUCGGCAAGGCCUUCAAAUAA